AUGGAAAGUAAAACGCAUUCACAAUAUCAAGAUGAAUCUUCAAGGUACGUUGACUAAAAAACAGCUGGGAGAAGAUUAAGAGUAGAUGGAAAUAAAAGAACUGAAGAGGAGUUAAGAUAGAUGCUGAGAUUAGCUGAAGUUGAAAACAAAGAGCUGAAAGAUUCGUUGAGGUAUGUAGAAAUUCAACUUGCUAAGACAAGAGAAAACUAUACAAAUGUUUGCAAGAAAUAUGAAGAGGCAUAAGAAGAGAUUUAAAAAUGCCAUGAACAAAUAAAUAGACAAACUAAUAUAAAUCAUGCAUAAGCACAAUAAAUUGAAGAAAUGGGAAAGAAGAUGGAUGAAUUUGUAGCUAGCUAAAAGGAGAUGUAUGAGAAAUCAAAGUUCAAAGUAUCAAGCUAUCAAAAUGAAAUCGAUAUUAGAGAGGAAGAAAUUAAUAGGCUGAAGAGAUAAAUCGGCUAAAGAGACGAGGACAUUAGUAAUCUAAAUAUGAGAGUAGGGACUAUAAGCGAUAGAAUGCGUGAUAUUGAAGAAGAACUAGAGUUAAAGAGUGGAGAGAAUAACAGACUUAGAAACUAAGUUGCUGAUCUCGAGAAAACUGUGCAAGAUUUAUAUGUAAGCAGGAAAGGUGACGGCUCAUUCUAAGUUGAGCUAGACAAACUUAAGGCUGAUAAUGAAAGACUCAUUUUACUGUUACAAAAUACUUGUGAAUCAGAGGUUUUGAGAGAAGCAAAGUCACUUAAUAAAUCUAAUAUGAAUUCAAGCUUCAAUACUGGCUCCUCAAAGUAAAAAGGAAGAGGUGCUUCAAAUGAAAGAUCAAGAGGUAAAUCAGCAGGUGCUUAUCAAACUGGGGCAUCAAAUGCUUCUGGGAAUCAAAAUCUUAGCAAUGAAUGGAUACCAACUGAAGCAGUCAGAGCUAUUCAGAAAAUAAAAGAGAUUUUCAAUGGUUAAAUGACUGAAACCUGCGUCUCUUAAAUUCUUUAUGAGCUUAAUGGUAUUUGGAGAGCGAUAAUGAGAAAGGAAAAUGAAGCUAUUAAGAAAAAACUGACUGAUCAGAUCUAAGAUUUAAGAAGAUAACUUAUAACUAAGAGGGCUUUUGACGAAGAAGAAGCACACAAAGAAAUUUCAAGACUUAAGAAAGAGCUUUAAUUUGCUCAGAAAUAAAGUAAAAGCAAGAAUAAGUAUAAUGGUAGUGCUGCUUCAAGUCACACAACAUAUAAGGAAAAUGACCAAAGAGAGUCAAGUGCAAAUCCUCUUGCUAAUAUGAAACAGUAGCAUUAAAAAAAUGACAAUAACAAUCAGCAACUUAAAAACAGAAUCACUCAACUUGAAAAGCAAAGAUUAAACGCAAAGGCUGUUGAAAUGAUGGGAGCUUUAAGUAACUCUGACGAAAUUUCAUCUGGCAAAUAUGGAGGAGGUAUUAGACAUAGAUAAGACUAACAAAUGACUAUGAAUGAUGAGUAAUUUUCUGGCAAAAAUAUCUUUAAUUAUCAAUAAAAUGUGCUACCCGAAGGUAAAGGUGGACUUCAUGGUUAGGAUAAUAUGUCACAUAGUUUUAACUACUCAGAUUACUCAUGA